AUGAUUUUCGAACCAGCACAGAGGACUGUGCUUCCAGCAAAGGACCUUUUAUCGUACAUCUUCGACGAUCCUCCGUAUGACCAGGACAAGCCGAUCUAUAUUGACGCUCAUAAUCCUACACGCUCAAUCUCAUGUAACCAGGCUCGCAAGUUAAUUCGUCAAAUUAUUGCUGGUCUGCGGGCAGCUGGUCUACAAAAAGGCGAUUGUGUUCUCAUCCAUUCUUUCAACGACAUAAACUACAGCAUACUGGUUUUGGCAAUCAUCGGAGCCGGAGGUAUAUUCACGGGAUCAAACCCUUCAUACACCUCACAUGAGCUUGCACAUCACAUCAAUGCCUCCCAGACCAAGUUUUUGAUUUCGGAGCCCGAGAUUUUGGGUUCCCUGCUCCAAGCAGCGGAACAGACAAACAUACCCGAAGAACGUAUCUGGAUAUUUGACAAUCUAGGACAGUCUAUACCAACAGGCAUGCGAUCAUGGAAGCGCUUACUCGAAGCUGGUGAGGAGGAUUGGGUGCGAUUCGACCACCCAGACAUCGCCCGUCAAACCACUGCAGCACGUUUGUUCAGUAGUGGUACUACCGGCCUACCAAAAGCUGUGACGAUCACGCAUCUCAAUCUCAUUGCCCAGCAUGAGCUUGUUUAUGGCUUAAACUCUCGUCCUUAUCCUAUCUCUCGAGUCAUAGCAGUGCCAGUAUUUCAUGCAUCUGCCGCACCGGUUACGCAUACCUCGACACUGAAAGCAGGAAAUGUGGUCUAUAUGAUGCGCCGAUUCGACCUUGAGAAGUUUCUGCAGACCGUUGAAAAGUACAACGUCACGGAUCUUGCUAUGGUGCCCCCAAUCGUGAUAGCAAUCUUGAUGUCACCUAUCUCCAAAAGGAGACCUUUCCUCAAAAAGACAAGAGUCGCAAGUUGCGGGGCGGCUCCCCUGGACAAGGGCAUUCAGGCGCGUUUCCGCUCACUAAUGGGCGACAAUGCCCCUUUUACCCAAGUCUGGGGGAUGACUGAGUCAUCGUGCAUUGCUACUAAUUUCCCCUACCCUGAGCAUGAUGACACAGGCUCCGUCGGACGUCUCAUUGCAAAUCUUGAAGCUAAAUUAAUCGACGAGGACGGAAACAACAUUUCGGCCUACGGUGUUCGCGGUGAGCUAUGCAUCCGAGGUCCCACGGUGACACCCGGUUAUUUCAACAACGCUGCAGCAAAUGCCGAAUCAUUUGACUCCGAUGGUUGGUUCAAAACGGGAGAUAUAGCAUACUGUGACCAGAGCACUCGGAAAUGGUACAUUGUGGAUCGUAGAAAGGAAUUAAUCAAAGUGCGUGGCUUCCAGGUAGCGCCACCAGAGUUAGAAGCAGUGCUUCUGUCACAUCCUCAGAUCGUGGAUGCAGCGGUCAUUGGAGUUACUUUCCCCAACACUGACACUGAGUUCCCGCGUGCCUAUGUGGUUCGUCGACCAGGAGCCUCGGGCUCUGAACUGACAGAGGAUGCAAUUCAAAGAUUGAUUCUCACGCGUCUGGCGAGAUACAAAGCACUUACGGGAGGUGUGAAAUUCGUUGGUGCAAUUUCACGCAACCCGAGCGGCAAGAUAUUGAAGAGGGUCUUGCGUGAAGAUGCCAAACGGGAGAUUGAAUCUGGCCUGGUUAAGCCCAGGCUUUAG